GGCAGAGGAAGCAACUUCCUUCCUAGCCAUAGAUACAAGCCAAGCCAUGGAGUGUGGUCACUGCGGCGAGGGCGUGUCCAUCCCGCGGGGAGCACGCGCUGUGCAGUGCGCGCAUUGCCGCGGGGUGACGCGCGUCGGUCGGCGGCACGGCGCCGUCGGCUUCGUCGUGAACAUGAUCAGCAACAUGGCGGGCGGCGGCCGCACGAGGCCGGCAACGCCGCCGAGGCUGCGGGAGGCGGGCUACCCCAGAGCCCACGGCGACAAGCGCGCCCUCCUGGUCGGCAUCAACUACGCGGGCACGCAUCUCCGUGAGCUGAGCGGCCCCAUCACCGACGUCAAGAGCAUGAGCUUCCUGCUCACCCAGAAGUACGGGUUUCCAAGCCAGUGCAUCCUCGUCCUCACCGAUGAGGAGCGCGAUCCGUACAGGACGCCGACCAAGUGCAACAUCCUGCUGGCGAUGCGGUGGCUCGUGCACGGCUGCAGCUCCGGCGACUCCCUCGUGUUCCACUUCUCCGGCCACGGCGACCAGGUGCGCGACGACGACGGCGACGAGCGGGACGGGAAGGACGAGGUGCUCUGCCCGCUCGACUCGGACCCGGACGACUACGGCAGCGACAUCCGGGACGACGAGAUCAACGCGGCCCUGGUCCGGCCGCUCGUGCACGGCGUCAGGCUCCACGCCGUCGUCGACGCCUGCCACAGCGGCACCGUCCUUGAUCUCCCCAACCUCUGCAAGAUCAAAAGGAACGGGGAAUCUGAAUGGACGGACCAGAGCGCUCCGAACGGCGCCUGGAAGAAAACGAGCGGCGGGCAGGCGGUCCUGAUCAGCGGCUGCGCCGACACCCAGACGUCGACCGACGGGAUCGGCGACGAGCUCGUGGGCAUGGGGGCCCUGACGUACAGCUUCUUCACGGCGGCGCUGUUCGCGCAGCGGACGCCCACCUACGCGCAGCUGCUGGCGACGAUAAAGGCCAUCAUCCGCGAGCGCAACGCCGACGGGCGGAUCAACUGCAAGCUCCCCGCGCCCGUCUGCUCGCUCGUCCGCAAGGUGGUCAACUUCAGCGGCGUGCAGGAGCCGCAGCUGACUUCGUCGGACAAGUUCGACAUCAACCGGACGCAGUUUCUGCUAUGAUUGAAACAUCACGACAUCAACCACGCUCUGCCCUCUGCACCUCAAUAAUUACGGCAAGCUUUCCUACCUGUUCGUCACAACUGACAAGUCAAACCGAUUGUGCUGGAUCAGUCAAGUCUAUGUGGCUUAGUCACGGGCCGUCAAGCGGCGCCGCUUGUGUUGUACGGUGUAUUAUUACAUAGUACUCCUCCGUUCCUAAAUAUUUGUCUUUCUCGAGAUUUCAA